UAGAUUAGAUCAUCACACUAGGGAAUUAAGUAGCUACUUACCUAAUCUGUAUAUAAGUAGGGUAUGUUUUUCAUUGAGUAAAGUUCUGUCUGACGAGCGCUUUGGUGCGAAACUCUCAGAGUCACAGAGAAUCGAUGCGUCCUCUUUAAUUCUUUAACUUAUAUAUAUAUCUAUCUAUCUAUAUAUAUAUAUAUAUAUAUAUAUAUAUAUAUAUAUAUAUAUACCUUAUUUUGGAGUUGAUUGUAAUAAAAGAAGGGCUCAUGAAAAGUUUCAUGUCUCAGCCCCUUUUUCUUUACGUGCAGAGAAUGGUCGCAAGCUCAUAGUUACCAUGACAAUCGUCAACGUCACAGAAAAGUACGAGUUAAAAACCGGGGGCAGUUACCGAUGCAUCGCAGACGCAGUGAACAGUAGUAAAACCGCACAGUAUGCCUUCCAUAUUAAAGUAAUUCGAGGUAUGUUCUUUAAUAAACAUCUAGAUAAAGCGAUUUUCAAAUUUAAGCGAAAGAGAUACAUAAUUGUAACUGUUUCUAUAACCCACGGCCAAAAUAGCACCUUAUACAGAUAUUUGACUACGCAUGCAGGACAUUUACUCAAGCAACAAAUUGAUGCGUCACAGAGGAUAAAUCGCACUUAACUCUCUACCUCGAGCUUUAAGUAAUUUCCUUGGAAGUUAAUUUUUCGUCAGUUAGCAUCAGCUAACUUGAUCUCUUUUUAUCUCCGAUUGUUUUCAGUUUCGAUAGAAAGGACAAGUUGGCAAGGUUCUGCUGUAAAUAAUUCCGUAUGCAUUUGGUGAUCAGUUAUAAUAACUUCACCCACUGUACGUAGUGGUGACUGGGCUUAGAUAUAAUUAGUUAUAAUAACCUCACCCACUUUAUGAAGUGAUGAGUGGGCUUAGAUAUAAUUAGUUAUAAUAACUUCACCCUCUGUAUAUAAUGGUGAGUGAGCUUAGAAAUAAUGAGUUAUAAUAACUUCACCCACUCUAUGUAGUGGUGUGUGGGCUUAGAAAUAAAAGAGAGCUGUUGGUCGCUAUCACGAUAAUCAGAGAAAUUAAUCAUACGCCAUGUAAAGGUUAUAAAUUAUAAAUAUGACGCCUGUUGUGUUGGGUUUAGAACAAUUUUCCAUCAAGAGUCAAAAAUGAUCUUAUAUUUUUUUGCUUCACUAUGCUUUGUGAUUGGUCUAUAAAAUUCAUGCCAACCUUGCAGACAAUCUGAUGCAAAAACUAAAACCACUCUAGAAUUAGCCACCUGCGUGUUCCCGAGCUGCAAACAGCUCGCUUGUUUAAACAUUUAGCGCUCAUUGGCUCAUUGUGAUAUCGUCCUUCGGCGGCUGAUUGACUGUUGAGAUUUGCUCUAAACAGCUUUCAGGCAGUAAGAACUCCGUUCUUCGUUUUCUUUCAGAAAGUGACAUACCCAAAGUGACUGUCUCUAACCUGACGGUGGAUCAUUCUGUUUCCGCGACGAUUUUUUGCAACAUAACAUUCAGAGGAAGCCAAUCUACAACACUGAAAAGUUUGUGGUUGUCCAAAGACGGUGUAAACCUGAUUGACACUUUAGUGGAGGACGGAAUUUCAGAAUCCACUUCGUUGGUUCUCAAAGAUAUUAGCAUGAAAGAUGGAGGGAUGUAUUCUUGCAACUUGAAAGUCCUCCUUAAAGGCAGGGUGCUUCGCAAAGUAAAAGAAACUACCUCGCUCACAAGUAAGUGCUUCGUUAUGUUACAUAUGGAUUUAUAAAAUAAUUCAAAUAGUACACGCGCUCUGAUUGGCCAUAAAACCAUUUUACAUGAGCGUAUGUAAACAUGGUUUUCGUUCCUCUUUCAUUAGUUAUUUUAUAAAAGAAAUGUAAAAUGGUUUCCGUGUUUACAUAGCCUGAUGUAAACACUUGGGAGGUUGGGAGAACACUCGAUGAGCUGGAAACCACUCGGCUUCGCUUCGUGGUUUCCUACGCUUAUCUCGUGUUCUCCCAACCUCCCGCGUGUUUACAUCAGGCUAUGUAAACACGGAAACCAUUUUACAUUUCUUCAUUGUUUCAUCAUCAUCCUUUACCGGGCAAUGUGCAGUGGCUUCAUUUGCCUGAAUCCCCAUUAAACUUCCAAACCCCCAAAAAACGACAACUUAAGUUAAUUUAACUCUAAGGAAAAGGCUUUAUCAACUUCCUUGUUGUUCUUGUUGUUAUUAUUUUCAUUUUUAUUAUCAUUAUUAUUGUUAUUAUCACUUUCAUCAGUAAUAUAAUUGUUAUCACUGAUUAUUGUGAUUAGUUGUCAUAUCGUUGGUAUCAGUGGCAGUAGUUAGUAAUAUCGGUAUUGCCAUUAGCAUUAUCAUUUUCAUCAGCAUUAUUAUUAUCAUCAUUGUUAUUUUUAUGAUCAUUAUUAUAAUUAUUCCAGUUAAACCGUGGUUUGAAAGUAAAGAUGGCAAAACUGUCGCGAAGAAGUUGGGAGACGACUUAACCUUAGAGUGCGGUGCCAAAGGAUACCCUCUGAAGGUGGAAUGGAAGUUUAAGAGUGAGACAGACGAAACAGUUAAGACUUGUAUAAGUAAGUUUGAAUUGAACAUAAUUCGAAAAAACUUUUAUUAUCUGUCAGUCAGUGGUUUAGUUCCUUCUCUGCAUUCAAUAAUUCGGUAAGCGAGUCAUAUUGUUUGUUCAGCUGUCUAUCAACCAUUCUGUCAGUCAGUCUUCCAUAUCGUCUUGUUGCCAGUGAGCCAUUCAGUUCAAUCAGUCAGUCAGCCAGUAAAUUAGUAAGUCAGUCAGUCAGCCAGUCAGGUAGUAAGUCAGUCAGUCAGUCGGUCAGUCAGUCAGUCGGUCAGUCAGCCAGUCUGCCAUUACGUCACUCUAUCGUUCUCUCUGUCAGCAAGGCAGCAUUUUGUCCGUCAUCCAGCUUGGUUACUUAGUUAGUCAUUUAGUUAUUCGGUCGGUUAGUAAUUCAGUCCGUAAGAUCAUUCAUCAGUCUUGGGUACUAAGUCCGUCAGGUAGAUCAACUGUUAUGCUGAUGAUCAGCCAGCCAGUCAGUCAACUUGUUAUAUAGCUACCAUCCAUUAUCAAUCAGCCAAAAGACGGUAAGUGUAUCAAUGCUAUUUGUAACCGUUUAAGUUUACUCUUCUCAAAUCAUUAUAAAUGUUUAUGUUUUAGAUUCUUCAAUGGAUAAGCGUUACAAGGUAAGCCAGAAGGGACCUCACGAUCCCUUUUCCUUGACCAUCACGAGCUUGAGCAAAGCUGACCUUGGAGUUUAUUUUUGCUGUCUGUUAUCGGGCUGCUCUAAGAACAUUAACGAGGAGCGGUGUCAAAGCUUUGACAUCGAUCAAAAAAGUAAGUAUUCUUAGUGACAUCAAGGUUUGGGCUAGUGCAUUUUUAUUAUUUUCAUCAUCAUCAUUAUUGUUAUUGUUAGUAUCCCUAUCAUCAGUAAUAUAAUCAUUAUCACUGAUUAUUGUAAUUAGUAGUAAUAUCAUUGGUAUCAGUAGCAGUAGUUAGUAGUAUCGGUAUUGCCAUCAGCCUUGUCAUUCAUAUUUUCAUCAGCAUUAUUAUUAUCAUUAUUGUUAUUUUUUAUGACAACUAUAUUAAUCAUCAUCAUCAUUAUUUCAGUCACACCGUGGUUUGAAAGUAAAGAUAAAAAAACUGUCGCAAAAAAGUUGGGAGACGACUUAACUUUAGAGUGCGGUGCCAGAGGAUACCCUCUAAAGGUGGAAUGGAAGUUUAAGAGUGAGACAGACGAAACAGUUAAGCCUUGCAUAAGUAAGUUUGAAUUGGACAUAAUUCGAAAAUCUUUCAUUGUCUAUCAGUAAGUGGUUUAGUUCCUUCUCUGCAUUCAAUCAGUCGGUAAGCGAGUCAUACUGUUUGUUCAGCUGUCUAUCAACCAUUCUGUCAGCCAGCCAGCCAAAGAGUCUAGUCGCCAGUCAGUCAGUCAGUUUGUCAGUCAGUCGGCCAGAUAGUCAGUUAGUUUUUUGGUUGGUUAGUCAUUCAGUCCGUCAGAUCAUUCAUCAGUCCUGGGUUACUAAGUCCGUCAGGUAGAUCAACUGACAUAAAAGUCCAUCAGUUAGCCAGUCAGUCAACUUUUUACAUAGCCACCAUCCAUUAACAAUCAGCCAAAAGCCAGUAAGUGUAUGAAUGCUAUUUGCAACCGGUUAAGUGUACUAUUCUCGAAUUUUUUAUAAAUGUUUAUAUUUAAGAUUCUUCAACGGAUGAGCGUUACAAGGUGAGCCAGAAGGGACCUCACGAUCCCUAUUCCUUGACCAUUACAAGCUUGAGUAAAGCUGACCUUGGAGUUUAUUACUGCUGUCUGCCAUCAGGCUGCUCUAAGAACGUUAAUGAGGAUCAGUGUCAAAGCUUUGAAAUCGAUGAAAAAGGUGAGUAUUUAUAGUUACACCAAGUUUUGGGCUAGUGCAUAGGUACAUUUUGAAGAAAAUGUCUAAAACACCUUCUAAGUACACAAUCCUCUUGCAAAAAUAUCCUAAUCAUUGCCCGCAGAAGAUAUUCCUAUCUAAGAAUAUCGCAUAUGGAUGGAGUCAUCAAUCACUGUACAAAAAUACUCUCAUGAAGAGAACUCAGGAAACAUACCGUCUCGUUCUCUCGAAUCCAGCUUAAAACGGUAUACUGUGCAUCUGCCUUUGUAACUGAACCAAUUGUGUCUUAAAACUGGUUUGUUAAAAUAUGUUUGUUCAGUAGGUAAAGAAUCGGUCUGCUAAUAGCUUUCAACGACAAUCCUUAGAUCUAGAUUCCUGUCUGCUCGAGGCUUGACCAGAGCAGAUCGCUGAAAGACCUCUCAAAUAUCAUUGAAAUUACGCUUGUAAAAAUUGUAACAUAUCAGAGAAAUCUGUCAACCGUCACUGAAUUUCAUUUUAGAUAUUUUAACAUUUUUCAAUUUUGACCCUUUUAUUCCAAAGGUGAACCAACUGCCGGAACAAUGUCUGUGGUUGCCCAUAACGUGUUCCUCAUCUCAGGUUUCUUUGUGGUGUCGCUUUUGAGAUUGUAGAGGACGGGGCAGCCCACGAAACAACUUGAACUUCACUCUUAACCUCGGCUGAUUUUCAUAUUAGGAGAUGUUCACAGCUUCUGUACGUCACUAAUUCACGAUUAUUCCUAUACCGUCCUCUAAAUUUUUCGGUUGCGUAAAUUUGUUAAACUACCCCGGUUCUUCCCUAUUGUUUUAUUAGUCAUGUUAGUCUGCCAGUUAUAACUAGUCUUCCAAGUGUUUUUCUUUGGCUAUUAAUAACAAAAUAUUGGACCCAACUUUCAAACACUUCAAAUGUAAGCAAGUUUUCCCUUGUUAUUAUUUGAUAUAAAGAGGUAAUUACAAUGUAGAAGUGCAAACCCCAAAGUCAAGUGACAGCCUUGCUAGUUAGUACAUACCGCCCUGCAUUCCCAGAUUAACAAAAAGCUGUGAACAGAAUCCAGAAUCCAGCACAGUGAGACCAUAACGUAAAAUCUACAGUUAUGUUAAGUAAAAUAUAUUGUCUGAAUCAUUUCGCUUAUUUGAAGAAUAUUGGCUUCCUUAGUAAACAGUUAUACAUCCAAUGGAUGUCAUUACACAAAAUUCACCGUAUUAUUUGUUACGAACAAGAGUUUGAUGAAAUUUUAUGAGCUCAAAGAUGUAGAAAUAAACUACCGAAG